GUCCCUGGUGCUGAUCUGUCCCUCUGCACAGCUCUGUCACCCCACAUGAUCCCUGUCCCCUUGUGUCCCUUGUGGGGCAUCUCCUGUCCCAUAUGUCCCCAAGUUGUCACUGCUGGGGCUGAUCCUGUCCUUCCACACGGCCCCUGUCCCUUGCACAUCCCACAUCCCCUGUCCCCUCCCUGUCCCUGGCAGCACAGAUCCUGUCCCGUGUCCCUCAGAUGUCCCCUCUGGGGCUGGUCCUGUCCCCCUGGAUGGGGCUGAUGCUGUCCCUCCGCGCCAUCCUUGUCCCCCACCGUGUCCCCGCGGGGGCGUGGCCUGUGGGAAGGGGCGUGGUCAGUGUGAAGAGGGCGUGGCCGGCGGGUGGUAACGCCGCGCCCGCCUUCCGGGUCGGGACCGGCCGAGCGGAGCCGAACCCGGACGGGCCGGGCCCAGCCGAACUCCAUCGGGCACAGCGGGCCGAACCCGCUCGGCUGAGCCAAACCCGACCGGGCCGGGAGCAGCCGAACCCGCUCGGACCGAGCCGAGCGGAGCCGGGAGCAGCCGAAGGCGCUCGGGCCGGCUCCGGUGCGGGCCAUGGGGCAGAUCGAGUGGGCCAUGUGGGCGAACGAGCAAGCGCUCGCCGCCGGGCUCAUGGCCAGAAGUACCUGACAGCCGUGGUGAAGCUGCUCGGGCCCCUCACCAGGAAUUAUUACAUCCGAGCCAUCCUCCACGCUGCCCUGGCUGUCCCCGCCGGUUUCCUCCUCUCCACCAUCCUGGGCACCGUCUGCCUGGGCAUCGCCAGCGGCAUCUACCUGCUGGCCGCAGUUCGAGGGGAGGAGUGGAGACCCAUCGAGCAGAAGCCCCGGGAGCGGCCGCAGGUGGGGGGCACCAUCAAGCAGCCCCCCAGCAACCCGCCGCCCCGGCCCCCCACCGACGCCCGCAAGAAGCAGCCAGAGGUGGGGGGGCAGGAGAACCCCAUCCCUGUGGAGGUGGAAUAACAGGGGAUCCUCCUGCCCUGCUGCCCUGCUCCCGCUCCUGCUUCCCAGCUGCUCCCAGAUCCACCCCAGGCUCCUGGGGAUCCCCCAAACCCUGGGGGUGCUCAGUUCCUUGGUGGGGCCCCAGCUCCUGGUGAUGCUCAAACCCCUGGGAUCAUCAGUUCCCCCGGGCUUCCCAGCCCCUCAAGGGAUUCCCAAAUCCCCAGUGAUGCUCAGCUCUUUGUAGGAUCUCUGUCUUCCUGUAGGGUCUCCAGCUCCAGGGGUCCCCAAAUCCCCAGUGAUGCGCAGCUCCCAAAUUCCCAGCAAUGUGGUGCUCCCUGUGGGGUUUCCAGCCCUUGGGGCUUCCCAGCUUCUGGAGAUUCCCAAAUCCGUGGGGAUGCUCAAGUCCCUAUGGGGUCUUCAGCUCCUAGGAACUCCCCUGCUCGUGGACCUCCCCAAAUCCCCAGGGACGUUCAGCUUCCUGUGAGGUCUGCAGCCCCCAAUGGCUUCCCAUCUCCUGAAGAUCCCCAAAUCCUUGGGGAUGCUCAGCUCCUUGUGAGUCUCCUGUUUCCAGGGGCUCCUCAGCUCCUGGGAAACUCCAAAUCCCUGGGCAUGCUCUGCUCCCUGAGAGUCCCAACUCUCCAAGCAGCCCCCAGUUCCCCAGGGAUCCCCAAAUCCCUGUGGAGCACAGCCCUCAGGGGAUCCCCAGUGCCCCGGGGGGAUCAGGCAGCUCUGCUCCAGCUCUCCCUGGUUUUUGUCACUUCCGCAGCUGCAAUAAAAAGUAGGAAAGGCA